AUGCGCAGUCGAAGGGAUGAUGCUAGGAGUAUCCCGUUCCACACAAGCAAGGGAUGGGAUCCGAAGCUCCGAUCUGGCCAACGAUCGAAAAUCAAAGAUGCCGUUCCGUACGCCAAACAGUCGAAGAUAAGGUGGGCCGGACAGGUAAUGCGUAUGACAACCGAUGGACUAGAGCCGUUAGUGACUGGAUUCCCCGAGAUGUCAAACGUACUGCAGGAAGAGCACCAACCUGAUGGGCAGUUUUGGCGGUUAUCUUUCGACAUUACGGAUUCAGCAAUGAAGUUGCUUAGGGAGGAACUUCCAGUGGAGCGGUAA